AUGGCGCUCUUGCUGACCGUUGCCUCCGCCGCUUCCGCGCCGUACGCGGGCUUGCGCAACCAGGGGAACACGUGCUACAUGAACUCGCUGCUACAGUCCCUCUGCCACAUUCCAGAGUUUGCUCCGGUCGCGCUAGAGAUGAAGCGCCUGCUCUACCGCCUCGGCCGUGCACCCGCGCUCGGCAUGGACGCCGUCGGCACGGAGCGGCUGACGACGUCGCUCGGCAUGGGCCCGCGCGACGUGCUCGAGCAGCAGGACGCGCAGGAGUUCUGGCACACCCUCCACGCCGCGCUCGUCGCCUCGGGCGAGCUCGCAACGGAGGGACAGCCGCGCGGGCGGGGCGCUGCAAGCGAGAUGCCACAGAAUCACGGUGGCACUGUCUCUUGCGUGCCGGCUCCGCCGCCGACGCCGUUCGCGCGGGUCUUUGAGGGGAGGACGCAGAGCUACGUGCGGUGCACCAAGGUGCCCUUCACAUCGGAGCGGGAGGGCCGUUUCUGCGACCUGCAGCUGCAGGUGGCGGGUUGCGCCUCGCUGCACGCCUCGCUCCGACAGUACGUGGCGGAGGAGACGCUGCAGGGCGAGUACAACACGCGCGACGAGCGCUUCGGCCGGCAGCCCGCGGGGACGGUGCGGCGCGGCUGCGCCUUCCGCUCGCUGCCUGCCGUGCUGGCGCAUCACCGGGAGCGGAUGCCGCAGCCUCCUCGGUGCAGCAAUAAGGGGAGGACGGCCUCCUUCAAGGCGUGCUUUGGGCCGGCAAUAGGCGCGAUGCAGAAGCUGCAGGGCUCCUUCUCCUUCCCCACCACGCUGCGGCUGCGCCGGUACAUGGCCAAGGGCGCACGCGGCGGCGGAGGGCCGCCUCCGGUCUACGAGCUGCGCGCCGUCCUCUCGCACGCCGGCGGGUUCGGCUCGGGCCACUACAUCAGCUUCGUCCGCCCGCUCGGCGGCGGCGGAGGCUGGUACCGCUUCGACGACACGCGCGUGGAGCGCGUGGCCGAGUCGGCCGCGGUGCGGGAGCAGUACGGCGGCGAUCACGCGCCGCGCGGAGGCGGCCUCUUUGGGCUCGGGGGUCCGUCGCCGUCGGCGUACAUGCUCACCUAUAAUCGCUUCGGCCACUAG